AUGGAGAAGGACAGACGGAGAAAGACAGAGGGGGCGGAGGGAUACGAAGCAGUGGAGCUGAUCUAUCGCGAAAUAACCAAGGUUUACAAGCAGUCGGAAAUUGAUUGGAAAUUAGUACACGAUGCAGGAUGCACCAGAGACGACACGGAUUUACCGGACCACGUUACUACCCCUAAUGAUCUGGAUCGAUUAAUCAGCGGAACGUUCAAGUCAUUUUUGGCUGCUCUGCCAGCUCCUCCUACGAUCGUAACAAUUGCAAGAUCCAGCGAAGACGAGUAUUGUCCAUCAGAGGACGUCGAUCAAAUCCAGUUCGGGGUGCUCGACGAACUUCGUCAACGUCUGGGAGAUAUCGACGUUCGUUUAACCUAUCAGGAGGAGGAAGAAACCCUUUAA